AUGAGCAAAGCUGCCGGCUGCUGCCAGAGCUGCCUACAUUAUGUUUUUGACUAUGAAACAACAAAAACGCUGGUCAUCCCCAGCUUAAGGGUAGGAUUGGUCUUCAGGUUCAUCCAGCUCCUGGUGUUGCUGUAUGUGGUGGGGUAUGUGUGUGUGGUGCAGAAGGCCUACCAGGAAACUGACUCUGUCCUCAGCUCUGUCACCACCAAAGUCAAAGGUUUUGUCUUUACCAACACAUCUGAUAUGGAGCCUCGAUUUUGGGACGUUGCUGACUUUGUUACCCCCCCUCAGGGGGAUAACUCCUUCUUUGUGUUGACGAACUUGGUGGAGACUCCCGAGCAAACCCAGUCACGCUGUCCUGAGCUUCCAAACCCAUCAACAAUCUGUGUGGACGACUGUGACUGCACUGCGGGAUUUAGUGAUCCUCAGGGCAACGGUAUACAGACAGGACUGUGUGAGAAUUAUUCACCCACUGUGAAGACAUGUGAAGUGCUCUCAUGGUGCCCUCUUGAAAUCGACACCAAGCUGCCUGAACGUGCACUCUUGGCUGCAGCAGAAAACUUUACCGUGUUGAUCAAAAACAGCAUCAGUUACCAAAAGUUCAACUUUCACAGGAGAAACUUACUGCCUCAUAUUAACUCCUCAUACCUGAAGAGAUGUGAGUUCAAUCGUAAAAGUGACCCCGACUGCCCCAUAUUUCGCCUCAAACACAUUGUUUCCGAGGCUGGAGAGGACUUUCAGGACAUGGCUGUGAAGGGUGGCAUUCUUGGUAUUCUCAUUGACUGGAGCUGCGACCUGGACUGGUGGGCCGGGAAGUGUUACCCCAAGUACAGCUUCCGCAGGCUGGACAACAAAAACUCUGCCAAUAACAUAGCUCCUGGUUACAACUUCAGGUUUGCAAAAUACUACAAGACAGCAGACGCAGAGGAAAGAAGAACAUUAAUCAAAGCGUAUGGGAUUCGCUUUGACGUCAUUGUUUUUGGAACUGCUGGAAGGUUUGGCAUCAUACCAACCAUAGUGAACUUGGGUGCAACACUGGCCUUCCUGAGUUUGGCGCCAGCGAUUACAGACUGGUUCAUGUUAACGUGCAUGAGGAAGAGAGAGCUUUACAGCAGACAGAAAGCAUCAUAUCUGACUGAGGAGGCUGAUGCUGAGUCAACAUCAAUGAGCACAACAUAUGGGACCCAGUAG